AUGAUUGUUGUCAUGAAUGUCUCGCUCGUUGGCUUGAUUCUCUUGUAUCUAUUUCUUAAAAAGCACUACAUCAUGAAUAAGAAGGAUCAUGGCGAAGACCGAAAAGUAAUGGAAGUUAAGAGUUUGACGAAAUCCUGCUACCGGAACAUUUUUCUAUUGUUGUUGACGACCUACCCCACGACGAGCAAAUCGAUUAUUCAGAUUCUACCUCUUCCCGGUGCUUGUAUAAAAACGUGUUUCACAGACAACAAGAGCGACUGCAUCUUCCUACUGAGAGCUGAUUACUCCAUUCAGUGUUUCACUCCUCGCCACAGUUUCUAUUGGCUCGUGGCUUCUAUUUUGGCAUUAUAUCCCGUGGGAUUUCCACUUUUAGCUUUGUUUCUCACUUACAAAUAUCGUGAAUCCCAGGAAUACGAAGCCAUUUCUUUCGGACUCAGAGUGUUCUUUAAAAACUACAGGAAUGAAUUUUGGUUCUGGGAAAUCACAGAGAUGUAUCGCAAGCUGUUCCUAACCUCACUGAUUUUUCUUUUUGGAUCAAAAAGCCUUUCUCAAAUCGGUCUCACAGUCCUGACAGUCAGCUUCUUUGGAGUGGUCUACACCUUAUUCCGACCAAUCAAGGACAAGUUUGAAGAUUGCUUACAAACAUUUGUUCUUUGGAUAACUUUUUUUGACGUUUGUCUUGGUGCAGUUUACACAAACUGGGAUGAGAGUCAAGGAGGGGACAAGAACGACUCCAUCUUUGUAAAUGUCUUGUUCAUGACCCUUAACGCCUCUGUAUUGUUUCUUGCCAUUGGUAAGUCAACAUGCUACUCUGUUUUAUUCAAUGUGCCUUUUAGUCAUUUGCCAAAUAAAUCAAGGAAAGGUAGUCUGAAUUGUGGUGGUUUUUUCAAUCCCCAAGUUUUUUCGUUUUCCGCGCAAUGAAAGUAUUGUGAUAAAAUCAUUAAGUAGCCUUGUCUAGGUUAUUUAGGAUAUUUGACCCUCAAUAACAUUGGCUCACACAAUUGUAAUCUUAAAGCAGAUCGCGAUGUUUGGUCAAUUUCUCCUGCAACUUAACUCUUAACCAACUACUACUGGUAGAAGACGAUAAACCGCGAGCUACAGUUAGAGUGUAAUGAAUAUUGAGAUCUUAGAAAAAAAUCCAAAUCAUUGUGCGAACGUAAUGUUAACACCGAUUCUCAAAAAGCCUCUUAGCAAGAGCGAAAACAAUGACAAAUUUCAGAAAAAAAGGACACGUUACCGUUUUUAACGCUUUUGUGUAAGAUUUCAAUUACAUGUAUAAAUGAUGAACUACGGCCGUCUUCUUCUUUUACUUUACAGGAAAAGGAAUUCUACAUGUGAAGUCAAUUUAGAAGGACGUUACCUUCAACCCGAUCCGAUGUUUCAGCUUCCUUUGCCAAGGAGUAUCACGUCUCAAAAACUGGGUGGUCACAAGAACAGGAACAUCCGAUGAACUUUCAUACUUGAUUGAAGAAAGCAACUGA